AUGGGUAAAAAGAAGCCGCGUUUGUCGCUUUUUUCAACAUUCGUCGAACAAAUAAACGAACAUGAAUCCAAAAUAUCAUCAAACGACUGUCAUCUUAUUGACAAUGAAUAUUUUGCUGCGUUUAAUACACUGGAUGAUAUUCAACAAUUUCAUAGUAAAAUAACUAAAAAACAACAAGAACAAUCGAGUAAUAUUGAUGAAGAUGCUGAUCCUCCGACCGAAGACGAUCCUAAUGACAUGGAUAUGAAAUCAUUUGCUCAACAAUAUCUUAUUGACUUACCUGAACAUAUGACAAAAGUAACUGAAAAUCAUACUGUAGCUUCUACGCCUACGAAAGAUCUAUUCAAUGCAAGAGAAUCGAUUAAUUGGUCACCAAAAGUCAAAGUUAACAAUAGCGUAACUCAAUCACCAGAUAGUAAAAAACGAAAAGCAACAACACCCGUUAAACGAAAUAUGGAAACAGCUAAUAAAAGAAUACGAAGAAAUAUACAAGAUUUACCUCAAUCAAAUCAAUUUGUUUAUAUGUCUGAUAAUGAUAAUCAAAAUGAUUUGAAUUCAUCGGAUAAUAUAUUUCAAUGUUUACUAAAUGAAACAUCUUCAAAUGAAAUUUCUGUUGAAAACAUGAAUUCAAUUCUUUCGACGUUAAAUAAGAGAAAACCCGUGAAUGAAUCUACCAUAUCCAUCGAAUUGGCUGAACCAUCAAUGAUUAAAAAUGAACCUGUAGAAUCAGGCGAAUUAGUCGUAGAAACAAAAGAAGAACCAAUUGAAUUAAAUAUAGUUUCUGAAGCAUCAAUGGGUUUUGGUACUUCGCAUUACUCCGGUGAUUUAGAUCGCUAUGUUCAAAAUAUUCAUCUUCUACAUCAACCUUCAAAUCCUGAACCAUUAGAUUCUACGAUAUCUUCACGUCCAAAACGCAUUCGUAAACGAAAAAAACUCUACAUUGAAGAAAGUGAAAUAAUUACACGACCGAAAAAAGUUAAAAUACCUAUUCAUAAAAAGCGUUCAGCACCUCCGCUAUCUCAAGUUCCAUCAACACUUCUUCUGACGGAUGCCGAAAUCGAACAACAAUUUGGCGAACGUUUACCAACUGUUAAAUCCGAACAAGACGAUGAUACACAACAGAUUGUUAACAGUCAAAUUGUUAUUGAAUAUGAACCGGUUUCCAAUCCAAAUCUGACACCGCUAGAAAAAGCACGAGCAAAACUAUUAACUGCUUUAGGACGUGGCCAUGGUCCAGAUACGUAUUCACUUAAAAUUCGUUCUCGUGAACAUCAAAUUAUCGAAGUACAACUAGCCAUUUAUAGUACAGCUGAUUGGCAUCCACAUCGUACUAAAGUCUUAGCAAAAAUCGAAGAGGCACUCCGUGGCCUUCGUGUAAGUUGGACAAAAAUCGAUAUUCAUGUUGAUAAUUUCGAUAUUGAAAUUUCAACAUCAUCACAAUUAUCAAAAGUACCUCCACCAACAAAUACGAAUUCAUCCUGGUUUUUGAAAGCUCUCAGUGAAUCAGGACCAGUCAUAGUUCAUAUUCAUGAUCGCCGACAUCCUCAACAACGUUUUCUAAUUAAAUGUUCUUGUUCAGAAUGUUCACCAAUAUCUGUACAAGAUUCUCUCGACUCAUCAUUACCGGUUAUUGUCAAUGUUUCUCCUGCGAAAACACCACCUCGUCGAUUAAUGACUCCAACAAUUUUAAAUAAAACUCCACAAAAAAAUGUAUCUCUAUUGCAGAAUAUUGAUACGAGUUUCUUCAACGAACUUAUUCAUCAAUGGGGACGAACUACAGUCGUAUCUGUAACACAGUGUGUGCUCGAUCUUUCAUUAAUUGCUAGUGUUCAUGCGUCUAUACCAAGUCUUUGUGUAUCACCAAAUUAUUCCAAAGAAGAAUAUAAGAAAAAAUAUCAACAAAUUAUUGAUCCACUCCAAUGUACGUUAAAUGAAAAAGAAAACAAACUAUUAUCAAAACCAGCAACGAUUCCACGAAUUGUUUCAGUCAAUCCUAUGAAUAAUAAACAAUCGAUUGUUUUUUCGAAACCACCAGAUAUAUUAAAUUUUUACAAUGCAAUCAAACAAAAUAAAACCAACAUACGAAAUGCGACAGAAAUGAGAGAUUUAAUUGAAAAAUCAUUUUCUACAACUGUAACAUCUCCUCCGUCGCCAUCUGUUACUAUUCAAUGCAAUGCGACCAAAGGUAGAACACUCAUUCUUCCAAAACCAACAUCAUCUCUAUCAAAUAAUCCAACAACAAUGACUUUAGUUGAGUUUAAAAGGAUUCAUGAACAAAAUCGUCGCCCAUCUCAAAUACAUCGUCACGAUAAAAAUAUUCGAACUUAUUCGGAUAGCAAUGAAACAAAACAGCAAGCUAAUUGUACAUCAUUUAUUGAAUUGAAACCUAUUCUGGGUGGAUCAUUGUCUGGAACAAAACCAAAUAAUGAAUUGAAAAAAGUGAUCACAAUCAAUGGAUUAAAUGAAACGCAACGUGCUAAUCGUGAAAUGACUUCACCAUCAACAAAAAAUGCUCGUGUAAUUCGUCUUUCAAUUGCUAAAUCCGGGUCAUCAACAUUUGAUCAACAGACCGAUUCAACGUCACCGUCUACGAUUCGAUUAUUAGCAUCACCAAAAAGUGAUUCUGAUACGAGCCCUUCACAUUCCAACGCAAUCUCCGAUAAAGGUGAACCAGUACCACUUGUACCUAAACAGAUUAAUAUCAUUAAACCAUUAUCAUCCUCAUCGUCGUCGAUUACACCAGCUAUAAAACUUUCGAAUCCGAUUCUUAUUUCUCAUAAAUCUCAACAAUCGUCAACAAAAUGA